UUUCCUUUAAUGAUGCUCGAAAUUCAGAUACUAUAGGAUUUUUUUUUAAACUGUUCAUUUGCUGCCUUUAAAGAAGGUAUAAACUACUUUUCAACAUUUAUUACCGUUACAUGGCAACGAAAUUUUAUGUUUAUAAUGUUUAUUUUUAAAUUGACUGUAUUAUGGUUUCCGUUUCUCCUCUGAAGAGAAAUAUUCAGUGUCAUGAUAGCGUCUCAAAAAUUUGUACUGCAUUAUAUUUAUUCAGUGAUUAUAUAGCUUAAAAUUUAUUUUAAGUGUAAAGUUUAUUUCAUAUUCUUAAUCAUGUGGUUUUAGAUUACAAAACUUUUUCAAAAUAAAAAGUUUUAACAUUUUUUUUUUCAUCUUUUUAUUAUUGUUACCUUAGCAACAUGGAUUUAACUAAUAAAUGUGGAGUUAAAAGAACGCUAUCUACACGAUUAUCUCGAAGAAUGUCUCAAUUUAAAAAAAUUAAAAGCAUUGAGGAAAGUAAAUCGAAAUCAGUUUCUCCUGAAAAUUUCUCUGUUGUAGCUACUCAUAUUACAAAUAUAAGUAGUUUGCAGUUAAAUGUAAAUAGACUUAAUAAAUCCUUUUUUGAUCAACCAUGUAUCCAGUUAGCCAAAUGUCUUUUAGGGAAAAUACUAGUAAGAAUGCUACCCACUGGCAACAUUUUAAGAGGAAAAAUAGUUGAAACAGAAUGUUAUCUUGGCACUUUUGAUGUAGCAAGUCAUUCAUACAUGGGAAAAAGAACUGAAAGAAAUGAAGCAAUGUUUCUAGAACCUGGUACUGCGUAUGUGUAUUCAAUAUAUGGCAUGUACUUUUGUUUUAAUAUAUCCAGUCAGGGAGAAGGCUCUGCUGUACUAAUACGUGCUAUAGAACCUUUAGAAAAUAUUCAUAUAAUGAAAGAUUUUCGCUUAACAAAACGUAAGAAUUCUGAUCUGAAACCUAAGACUGUUAUGAAAGAUAAAGAACUUUGUAAUGGACCAUCUAAAUUGUGUUUAGCUUUUCAAAUCACAAAAAGCUUCAAUAAAAUAGAUCUUUGCACUUCAGAAGAUUUAUGGUUAGAGGAUGGUUUAAGCAUUCCCGAUUGUGAUAUAAUAGCUUGUAAAAGAAUAGGUAUUGAAUCUGCUGGUGAAGAAUGGGCAAAUAAACCUCUUAGGUUCUAUGUGAAAGAUUGCAUUUGGGUCAGUGUGAGAAAUAAAGCAGCAGAAGAACUUCAUUUGAAGGAUAUGUCAUAGAAAAAAAUUAUUUUUACAUUUUCAUGCUUUACUUAAUUUAAGAAGUCUUGUGCCUACCUGCAAUUUAUUUAAUAGUAUUACAUUAGCACUUUGUAUAAUUUUAAUUUAUCUGCUGUUAUACAAUAAGAAUAAAUUACCAGAUUUAUACUUUUACUCAUCCAACACAUUUUCUUAAAAAAAUAUUGCCAUUUUCUUUAGAUUUUAAUUAUAAUAAUACCAUGCAUGUAAAAAUUACAAUAAAAUACUGUGUCAUGAAACUGAUUUAAUUUCG